AAUUCAUCUUCAAGUGGCAAUGAGGAAUCAACGCUCAAUUCAUAUGCAAGCACUUCUUCCACGGAAUCGAUAACAAGUCCUACGGCUAGCACAACUGAGGCAGGUGAGAUUUUUUCAACGGAAGAAAUUUUAUCUACAACCAAGAGCGAAGCUACUGAUCAGAUUUCAUCUUCAACUGGCAAUAAGGAAUCGACGCUCAAUCCAUAUGCAAGCACUUCUUCCACGGAAUCGAUAACAAGUCCUACGGCUAGCACAACUGAGGCAGGUGGUUUCUCCUCUUCCACAGAAGAAAUUUUAUCUACAACCAAGAGCAAAGCUACUGAUCAGAUUUCAUCUUCAACUGGCAAUAAGGAAUCGACGCUCAAUCCAUAUGCAAGCACUUCUUCCAUGGAAUCGGUAACAAGUCCUACGGCUAGCACGUCUCAAGCAGGUGAGAUUUCCUCUUCAACGGAAGAAAUUUUAUCUACAACCAAGAGCGGAGCUACUGACCAGAUUUACUCUUCAACUGGCAAAGAGGAAUCAACGCUGAAUCCAUAUGCAAGCACUUCUUCCAUGGAAUCGGUAACAAGUCCUACGGCUAGCACGUCUCAAGCAGGUGAGAUUUCCUCUUCAACGGAAGAAAUUUUAUCUACAACCAAGAGCGGAGCUACUGACCAGAUUUACUCUUCAACUGGCAAAGAGGAAUCAACGCUGAAUCCAUAUGCAAGCACUUCUUCCAUGGAAUCGAUAACAAGUCCUACGGCUAGCACAACUGAGGCAGGUGAUUUCUCCUCUUCCACAGAAGAAAUUUUAUCUACAACCAAGAGCGAAGCUACUGAUCAGAUUUCAUCUUCAACUGGCAAUGAGGAAUCGACGCUCAAUCCAUAUGCAAGCACUUCUUCCACGGAAUCGGUAACAAGUCCUACGGCUAGCACGUCUGAAGCAGGUGAGAUUUCCUCUUCAACGGAAGAAAUUUUAUCUACAACCAAGAGCGAAGCUACUGACCAGAUUUCAUCUUCAACUGACAAUGUUGAAUCAACGCUAAAUUCAUAUGCAAGCACUUUUUCUAAGGAACCGAUAACAAGUCCUACGGCUAGCACAUCUGAAGCAGUUGAGAUUUCUUCAACGGAAGAAAUUUUAUCUACAACCAAGAGCGAAGCUACUGAUCAGAUUUCAUCUUCAACUGGCUCUGAGGAAUCAACGCUCAAUCCGUAUGCAAGCACUUCUUCCACGGAAUCGAUAACAGGUCCUACGGCUAGCACAACUGAAGCAGGUGAGAUCUCCUAUUCAACGGAAGAAAUUUUAUCUACAACCAAGAGCGAAGCUUCUGAUCAGAUUUCAUCUUCAACUGGCUCUGAGGAAUCAACGCUCAAUCCGUAUGCAAGCACUUCUUCCACGGAAUCGAUAACAAGUCCUACGGCUAGCACAAUUGACGCAGGUGAGAUUUCCUCUUCAACGGAAGAAAUUUUGACUACAACCAAGAGCGGAGCAACUGAUCAGAAUUCAUCUUCAACUGGCAAUGAGGAAUCAACGCUCAAUUCAUAUGCAAGCACUUCUUCCACGGAAUCGAUAACAAGUCCUACGGCUAGCACAAUUGACGCAGGUGAGAUUUCCUCUUCAACGGAAGAAAUUUUGACUACAACCAAGAGCGGAGCAACUGAUCAGAAUUCAUCUUCAACUGGCAAUGAGGAAUCAACGCUCAAUUCAUAUGCAAGCACUUCUUCCACGGAAUCGAUAACAAGUCCUACGGCUAGCACAAUUGACGCAGGUGAGAUUUCCUCUUCAACGGAAGAAAUUUUGACUACAACCAAGAGCGAAGCUACUGACCAGAUUUCAUCUUCAACUGGAAAUGAGGAAUCAGCGCUCAAUUCAUAUGCAAGCACUUCUUCCACGGAAUCGAUAACAAGUCCUACGGCUAGCACAUCUGAAGCAGGUGAGAUCUCCUAUUCAACGGAAGAAAUUUUAUCUACAACCAAGAGCGAAGCUACUGAUCAGAUUUCAUCUUCUACUGGCACUGAGGAAUCAACGCUUAAUCCGUAUGCAAGCACUUCUUCCACGGAAUCGAUAACAGGUCCUACGGCUAGCACAACUGACGCAGGUGAGAUCUCCUCUUCAACGGAAGAAAUUUUAUCUACAACCAAGAGCGAAGCUACUGAUCAGAUUUCAUCUUCAACUGGCAAUGUGGAAUCAACGCUCAAUUCAUAUGCAAGCACUUCUUCCAUGGAAUCGAUGACAAGUCCUACGGCUAGCACAACUGACGCAGGUGAGAUCUCCUCUUCAACGGAAGAAAUUUUAUCUAGAACUAAGAGCGAACCUACUGAUCAGAUUUUGUCUUCAACUGGCAAUGAGGAAUCAACGCUCAAUCCAUAUGCAAGCACUUCUUCCACGAAAUCGAUAACAAGUCCUACGGCUAGCACAACUGAAGCAGGCGAGAUCUCCUCUUCAACGGAAGAAAUUUUAUCUAGAACUAAGAGCGAACCUACUGAUCAGAUUUUGUCUUCAACUGGCAAUGAGGAAUCAACGCUCAAUCCAUAUGCAAGCACUUCUUCCACGAAAUCGAUAACAAGUCCUACGGCUAGCACAACUGAAGCAGGCGAGAUCUCCUCUUCAACGGAAGAAAUUUUAUCUAGAACUAAGAGCGAACCUACUGAUCAGAUUUUGUCUUCAACUGGCAAUGAGGAAUCAACGCUCAAUCCAUAUGCAAGCACUUCUUCCACGAAAUCGAUAACAAGUCCUACGGCUAGCACAUCUGAAGCAG